CGUAAGUACUUAGUACCCUUCGCCGGAACAUAAAAAAAAAAUAGAAAAAACAACAACAAGAACAAGAAAAUACGGGAAAGAAAAAGAAAAGAAAAAGUUUUGCAACUGCCGAUGGGCGACAAAGUGGGUGGUAUGUCUGUUUCUAAAAUGCACUUGUCAAAAUAAUUUAGCAAUAAUAGGAAUAUACAGAAAAGGAAUACAAAUGUAUAUAUAGAAUAUAGAAAACCCCGUUAAGAGAAAACAAAAGAAAAGGCAAAGAUAUUCAACAAUAUCUUUAUUGCAUAAUAUUGCAUACUUUUAGGUUUCAUUGCAACAUUAAAUCGCAAAAACUGUCUGCUUUUGAAUAUUAAAUAUUAUUUAAAACCGAAAUUAAAUAAUAUAACAACAGUAUAAUAACGAUAAAGACGCAAGAAAGUUGUGGAAAUAUUUUUAUUGAUGCUACGUGCUGGGACUUCUUAUGUUGCACAUGCUCACUAAUUACACCAUUGACCCAAUUCGAACAGAUAUUAGUUUUUCUCUCAGUGCAGCCAUAAAAACAAGCCAACAGGGAGACACGUGUCGAAAGUUUCCUUUUUCAUCUUUUUCUUCUUUUUUCUGCACUGCCUUUUGCCCUUUUCCUUCGCACUUGCCAAUAUCCUAUGCAUUCCCUUUUGGCGAAACGGAGAGACACUGGCAGACAGAAAGUUUGGGGCAACGGGGGGUUAAAUGUGAGCGAGAGCCAACUCAUCGCUCACACUGCCAGUGCAGUAAAAGUCCUUGAAAAGGGGGAGUCGGUCGGUGGGGCGGGCGGGCGGUUGGUAAAAGUGGGCGGCAGCAGAGUGGCAGACAUGCUUAAAUUGCUUUCGUCGCCGCCUACGCAAAAAGUCUUAUGUAACUGCGCCUACACCGAUUUAUUCCCUUUACGACUGCCUCUACUGCCUCUUUGCCUCUACUUCCUCCUCCAGUUCGCAAAUGUUUUUUCGUGUGUACUCCAAGUGUUAUGCAAUGUUUGUUGAAUGCACAGCACGUCCUUUUUAAAGGCGGGGAAUCUCCAUUUGGCGUCUGGCACUUGUGUACGUCUUUAUUAUAAUGGACAAGACAAAUUCAAUUUCUCCAUCAGCGCUUUGCGCUCGCCGUAUUUGCCCGACUUUAAAUGCUUUCCAUUUGUCUAUAUAUUUUAUUUAUCUGCGCAUUUGCUUAUUGAAUUUGCACUAGACGCCGGCUUUAACCUUGAGGCCAUGGGAUUUACUUCAACGACAGAAAAAGACACACUUUAAAACACAAAAAAAAAAACAAUAAAACUCGAAAAAAAAGUCACCCACACACGUGUGUAUUUUGUGGAUUCUCGUCAUGGCCUCAUUGGGCCAAAGUUGUUAAGGCGGCUUUUCAGAUUGUGGUUUUAAGAUUUCCCAUAACGAGGGGUUGGGCGAGUGCCGAUCCGUGUGACGCCCAUUACAAAAGAUUAAAGUCGGCAACUUUGACAAAUUGUUACUCGCUUUGCUGACAUCUUCCAGUGCGCAUUUGCUCAUUUUUCUUCGCAUCUAGAAUCUUGUUUCAUAUUUUUUCUUCGCUUUUAAUUUGCCCACGCCAAAUAAACAUUAUGAAUGAAACACAUCAGAUACAAUGGGGAUACAGUAAAAAGAAAGAAAAUAAGCAUGUCAGCAUUUAAUAGAAAUACAUGAGUUAAAGAUUUUUAUUACGACUUUAUAUUAAUAAAGAAACUCAAGUUAUAAUUUUUUUUAGUCAAAACUUUGUUUCACCUCAAAGUAGGCAAUGAAAUAUUUAAUUUUAAAAUAAAAUUUUAUUUAAUUGUUUGUUUCUUGUUAAACAAUGAUUAUUGCAAAUUUUUUUGUCAAAUGCAAAUAAAUUUUUAGACAUUUUAAAUGAUUAGAUAGUAAAAUUGUGACAUCUCUGACCAAGUUUCAAAGUCCCGCUGAAGUGUUUGUGAUAAAAAUCUAAAAUUGGAGGGCGUUUAUGAAGAGAUUAUGAUAACCAAGAAAGGCUUUUUGGAGCUUUGAUAAUAAAAGCCAAAAAUAGAUGGCUAUGCGAGUGCUCACUGUGGUGAGAACAUAAUAAAUGAAUGUUUUUUCAACAUUGCUCAGCCACUCCGAUCCGCUCCCCACCUUAUCCACGGGUAAAAAGCCAUUUAAGAGCCCAAGAUACGGAUGGAAAUAUUAAAAUGGAAAUGGAUAUGGAAGCGGUGGAGAGACAAGUGCGUGGGCGGGAUUGUUGGGCGGCUGCGGUGGCGGCGGCGGCGGGAAAUGCGAAACACAAUUGCCGCUAAUAACCCAAGGCGUUUACCAGAAGCAGCGACGUCGGCAGCGGCGUUGUGUUUUAAUCGAAUUUUAUUUGCCGCCGUUAGCCAAUGAAUAAUUCAAAUUGAUUAUUAAAUGUACACUCGCAUGUGUGCGUGUGUUGAAGUGUGUGAAUUUUUGCACAUACAGGCAAACACAGGCACACUUUCUGUAGGCGUUAACAUUAGUAGCAUUAGGAUGUUGGUGUGGAUGUGUGAGAGCGGAGCGGGCUUUCAUUAAAACCGUUAUCUAUGCCAGACGCACGCACCAGACGCAGACGUGCAUAAAUUAAUUACAAUUACAUGCAGAGCGAGAGAGAAAAAGCCGAAACGCGCACGCACACACACACACAUAGCUGUUCCUGUUUCGGAAUUUUUGGCGGCCUAGAAAAAUUAUUACUAUAUCUAAAUGCGAACAAUCCGGUAUUAUACAUAACUUAAUUAUUUAAACGAUGAAUAAUUUAUUACAAAUUUUUAUUUGAUUUUUACAUCAAAUUUUCAGAGAAAAGUUUAAGCUUUGGUUAUACAAAAUUUAAAAAGGGUAGACAUUUGUUUCAGUAGCUCAAUUUAUUCUUCGAAUAGUUGGAAAUUUUCGGGCGGCCUAAACAAACACAGAGAAAGUCGGAAACUUUCAAGGAUUCAAACAAGGCCAAAAGCAAACAGAAGCGGGCAAGAACAAAAACAAGGGUUUACCCUCAAUAUUAUGUCACUUUAUUCGCAAAAAAAGCACCAAAAAGAUAAACAACAAAAAGCGACAGAUGCAGAGCAGUCGGGAAAAGCAUGUUAACUUAUGGCUGGGCUUAGGCCAACAAAAACAAAAACAAAGGCAGACAUUUCUCUUACGUCAGAGUCUGGCCCACACAAACACACACACACAUACACGCACACAAGUGCACAAACGGAAAAUGAGGUUAUUGCCAAUCCCGUCUGCAAUGCUCGAGUAAACAUUUUAACCUAAUUUUUUGCCAUGGGAGCGGGACGUUGGGGGGUCUGUGUUUGCCAGCGGAGACGCCCCAGACAAUGUGAUGCGAUAUUUUCUGAUGCCUCGGAUUACCCAAAAAGAAGCAAAAGACUGCACAAAAGGCCAUAACCGUCUAACGUCCAGAAUGCAAACUACGCAUCUGCUAAAUCAGGAUUUUUAUAUAAGGAGCUUUAGAGUUCAGAUAUCAUUGUGAAAUUCAGUUUUUUUGUUUUUAGAUGAUAUGAGGUGAUACCUGCUGAACCAAAAUCUAAAUUUUUGUAAGCGUAAAUAGGUUAAAGAUGUUUUUACGGGGUUUGUAACCAAAAUAACAUGUUUUUAAAUAUAACGGAAUCCUUUACUUGAUGACCUUUUUUAACACUGCCACUUUACUAAGAACGAUUCAAUUUAGUUGCAGAAUAAAGUAAAACAGAAGACACAAAUUAAAAUGAUGUACAAUUUUAUAAAAAAAAUUUAAGUAAAAUUAAUUGGUUUGUACAAUCAAAUUAUAAGAAACAUGCUUACCCACAGACACACAGUCACAGAACUCUGACCACAUAGUUUCACGAGUUUUUAAUUUACAAAAUUGCAUUUGCAUAUUUGUAUAAUUUACAAAGUCCGUGGUCGCCGACGUCGCCGAAAAUAUUCGUGCUCUAUUAUUUGUUGUUGUUCGUGCAGAGAUUUGUCAUUUCUUUCAUGCUCGCUUGCACACAUCAAUCGCCAGGUGGUGUGGUGGGGCAUUUGGGGGUUAAAGACACAAAAAAAACUGAAAUACAAAAAGGCGAGAAAAAGGUGGCCAACGGAAUGUGGAACAUGUUGAGUUAUGCGAAUCGCCUGCGUAGAGAAUACUAGGGUUGUAGGAAUCGUAUAGAUAGAAGAUUUAAAAUUAUUACUGAAAACUUAAAAGAGUUGUGCACUUUGAAAUAAUUUAAGCCUUUUCAUUUGAAUAUCGCGCAAUCAUGUGCAAGUACAAUAUGAUUAUAUGAAGCUGGUCACAUCAUUAUUAUCAAUGUAUCGCCAUGGUUCACAAACAAAAGGUGACCACAAAAAGUCUUUGGAUAUUUAUCCAGUAGAAAAUAGAGUAUCUUCGAAGAUAAAUUAAUACUCAGAUUCCAUUUUACACAUAAACAUACAUGUGUAUUAGGACAAAUUAAACAUUAAUUGUUGUGGGACAAAUAAAGUUCUCGAUAACUGACGUCAAAAAUAUUUUCUUCUGCGCCACCUUCCUUUAAUUAUCAUCUCCACUCAAAAGUGGUUCUUUCACUCUCUGCGUCUCCCUCCUACAUAUUUCUUUUUGUGUUCUUUCUCUUGAGAACAUUUUGGCGUUUAAUUAAAAGGAAUUUUACCGCAAUGACGCCAAAGAAGAAUAAAAAAACGCUCAAAAAACCCAUAAAACUAAGUCUCGCCGAUUUCCAUAAUCAGCUGGAUCAGAAACGACUUCUGGAAAAGCAUGACCGGAAGAUGAACCCGACAGUAUGGAAUUAUUCUCUUAACAGUUGUGGAUCUCGUGGUCGUGGCGUCUGUUGUGAUAAGCUUCCAAUAAGUCCACAAAAUCUGGAAAAUCCAGUGCUUCAUAAUGGAAACAUUAAUGGGUGCACAAAAACAGUGAAGAAUCUAAAGCAGGAUCUCAAUAUUGCAAGCCAGACUCAAAAACCCACUGAAACUAAAACACCCAUCGAUACCAAGAUAAAAUUACUGAGGAGACUCAAUCUCAAGGAUGCCUUUUAUGGUCGUUCCAAGGUGCGAGUAAGUCCACGGGUUCCAACCCCACCGAGAAAUGUGCCGCAGGAACUGAAAGAAGUUGAUCGCAUGACUUCAGCGGAUUUUCGACAUGAUCACGGAGCUCAUCUGGAAAAUAUGCGAACCCGGCAAAAGGGUCAAGAGCACAUGCAAUACUUUCACACGGCCAUCACUCAGAAUCGACACCUUUUCAAGAACCGCAUUAUCCUGGUUCUCUGCUGUGGACCCGGAACAUUGGCCCUGAUGGCAGCUCAAAUGGGCGCGAAAAGGGUUUACGCCGUGGAUUACUCCAAGGUCACCGGCUAUACGGAAUUGGUAGUGCGCCAAAAUCGCUAUGAAUCCAUCAUUAAGGUGUUAAAUGGUCAUAUGAAGGAUUUAAAAUUACCGGAGAAAGUUGAUGGCAUUGUGUGCAACUGGAUGGGUCAUUGUUUGCUCUACGAAUCGGAGAUACUGGAGGUCAUCGAAGCUCGUAAUCGCUGGUUGAAAAAGGGCGGCUUUAUCCUACCCGAUCUGGGUUCGCUAUAUCUUCUCGCAUCCGAGGAACACGCGCUAAAGAACGAUCGCUGUAAUUGGUGGCGGAGUGUCUAUGGAUUCAAUAUGAAUGCCAUGCGUCGAUAUUCCCUGGCCGAACCUCGUUAUGCCAGAACAUCCGGAGAAAAGCUGUUGACCCUGGCUCAUUGCGUUUUAAAGAUUGAUUUGAAAAAAGCCAAGAAAGAAGAUCUCUUUGUAGAUCGAACUGUACGUUUAAAAGUUAAAAAAGAGGGUUACCUCGAGUGCUUUCUUCUCUAUUUCGAUGUGGAGUUCAGUGGCUCGCAUAUUCCCCUCAAGAUGAGCUGUAAUCCGUGCUUGAGGUCGCCAUUUAAAUCGCUUUGGUUGCAAACCGUGCUCUUUGUAGAACAACCAUUUGUAAUGCGCAGUAACCUUCACUACACGGGUAACCUGAAAUUCAAGCCCUUGAAACCGAAUAGCUUUAAGGAAAUGGAAAUACGUAUUGAGUUUUAUGAGGGUCGCCAAUACGAUGACGAAAGUGACUUAUGCAUUCGUCGGGUGGCCAAAAGAUGGCUCAUGUUGGAGCACUUUCAGACUUUAAGGGAGGUGGCGAGCUGUCAGGAUGAGCAGGGCGAGGAUUAUGGAGUCGAGUACUAG